CUCGGGGUCCUAGGCAGGGCACGUGCGGGAGGAAGUGGCGCUGUCUGUCCGCGCGGACCUCCUAGAGCCUGAAACGUGGAGCCAUGGGAGGCUUGGAGAAGAAGAAGUAUGAACGAGGCUCUGCCACCAACUACAUCACCCGAAACAAGGCCCGGAAGAAGCUGCAGCUGAGCCUGGCAGACUUCAGGCGGCUGUGCAUCCUGAAGGGCAUUUAUCCCCAUGAGCCCAAACAUAAGAAGAAAGUUAACAAGGGCUCCACAGCAGCCCGAACCUUUUAUCUCAUUAAAGACAUCAAGUUUCUCCUCCACGAACCCAUUGUCAACAAAUUCCGGGAAUACAAGGUGUUUGUCCGGAAGCUCCGGAAGGCCUACGGGAAGAGUGAGUGGAACACUGUGGAGCGUCUGAAGGACAAUAAACCCAACUACAAACUUGACCAUAUCAUCAAGGAGCGGUACCCUACAUUCAUUGAUGCGCUGCGGGACCUGGACGAUGCCCUGUCCAUGUGCUUCCUCUUUUCCACCUUCCCGCGGACAGGCAAGUGCCACGUGCAGACCAUCCAGCUGUGCCGCCGGCUCACAGUGGAGUUUCUGCACUACAUCAUUGCCGCCCGUGCCCUGCGAAAGGUCUUCCUGUCCAUCAAAGGCAUCUACUACCAGGCCGAGGUGCUGGGGCAGCCCAUCGUGUGGAUCACGCCCUAUGCCUUCUCCCAUGAUCACCCGACAGAUGUGGACUACAGGGUCAUGGCCACUUUCACUGAGUUCUACACCACCUUGCUGGGCUUUGUCAACUUCCGCCUCUACCAGUCGCUCAACCUCCAUUACCCGCCAAAGCUGGAGGCUCAGGCCCAAGCAGAGGUGAAGGCGAAGGAGGAUGCCUACGCCUUGGACUCCGAGAGCUCCAUGGAGAAACUCGCGGCCCUCAGUGCCAGCCUGGCCCGCGUGGUGGUGCCUGCUAUGGAGGAAGAGGCAGAGGCCGACGAGUUUCCUGCUGAUGGGGAGAUGGCAGGACAGGAAGAGAACCACAGGAAGGAGCUGGAGGCUCAGGAAAAGCACAAGAAGCUCUUUGAAGGCCUGAAGUUCUUCCUGAACCGCGAGGUGCCCCGAGAGGCCCUGGCCUUUGUCAUCAGAAGUUUUGGGGGGAACGUGUCCUGGGACAAAUCUUUGUGCAUUGGGGCUACCUAUGAUGUCACGGACUCCCGCAUCACCCACCAGAUUGUCGACCGGCCUGGACAGCAGACCCCUGUCAUUGGCAGGUACUAUGUGCAGCCCCAGUGGGUGUUUGACUGUGUCAAUGCCCGGCUCCUCCUCCCUGUGGCAGAGUACUUCCCUGGGGUGCAGCUGCCCCCACAUCUUUCACCCUUCGUGUCUGAGAAGGAAGGAGAUUACAUUCCACCUGAGAAGCUGAAGCUGCUGGCUCUGCAGAGAGGAGAGGACCCAGGAAACUUGAAAGAGUCAGAAGAGGAGGAAGAAGAAGACAGUGAAGAUGAUGGGGAGGAGGAGGAGGAGGAGGAGCAAGGUGUGGAGGCUGGUUCGGAGAAGGAGGAAGAGGCCUACCUGGCCGCCCUGGAGGAGCAGAGGAUGGAGGAGAAGAAACCCAAGGUGAUGGCAGGCACCGUGAAGCUGGAGGACAAGCAGCGGCUGGCCCAGGAGGAGGAGAGUGAGGCCAAGCGCCUGGCCAUCAUGAUGAUGAAGAAGCGGGAGAAGUACCUGUACCGAAAGAUCAUGUUUGGGAAGAGGCGCAAAAUCCGAGAGGCCAACAAACUGGCACAGAAGCGGAAAGCCCAUGAUGAGGCUCUGAGGUCUGAGAAGAAGGCAAAGAAGGCCAGGCCUGUGUGAGUGCUUGCGGCCCUCCCGGCAGCUGGACAUGGCAGAGACAGGCCGGCGGACCUAAGCUUGGUGGCAGACCGGUUACUUCUGUUCUCUUCCCCCACCUCCGCCCGGCCAGCCCUGGCACCCUCAUUCUCUCUGGUGGGGUGCGUGGGCUGUUCAGGCUCCUGUGGACGGAGCUCCCUGCUGGUGGCUGAGCAGAGAAGAGACCUGCAUUCUCAGGAGCCUGACAUGGGGAGCAGGCACCCAGCAGACCCCUCCCUUGCUGCCUACAUUCACCCUGGCUUUCCGUAGCCCCCACCCUGGACCUGUGAUUGUCAGGGUGCUGUGAUGGGGUGAGAGUGGCGACCUUUUGUUAUUAAAUGGCCGGACUUCUGCA